CAAGCCACUGACUGUCAUGCAUGAUAUUUGCAGACUGCGUGACUUUGCAGAAGGUGGUAAUUAGCUUAUUUGAUGGUACAAUUCCGUCAUAGAGCAUCUCAUCCUCCCCGUUGACAGCACCAUCCUGAUUUAUAAUACGACCAAGUCCAAUAGUUGUCGCCAUGGCAGACUAUCUUUACAUUGCUGGGACACCUGCAGAUGUUUCCUCCUCCAAGGGAUUGCACCUGAUCACCCAGAACACGCCCAACGGGCAGGCGACGCAGAUUCUGCUCGAGGAGCUCGCCGACGCCUACGGCACGACCUGGGGCACGACUCUGAUCAACAUUUCAACCAACGAGCAGAAGAAGGAGUGGUUCCUGCGCUUGAACCCCAACGGCCGCAUCCCGGUCCUCGUUGACAACAGCCAGAACCCGCCCUUCCCCGUCUUCGAGACCUCGGCCCAGCUGCAGUACCUGGUCGACAUCUAUGACAAGGACCACAAGUUCGGCUUCGCCGAUAAGUUCGAGCAGAACCAGGCCCUGCAGUGGCUGUUUUUCUGGCACGGCGGUGGCGCGCCAUAUCAGGGGCAGGUGAACCAUUUCACGAGGGCAGCCCCUGAGAAGAUUCCAUACGCAAUCAACCGCUUCCGCAACGAGACGCUGCGGGUCUUCGGCGUGCUGGAGAUCCAGCUGUCGGGCAUCUACACUGGAGGUGAGCCGCGAGAGUACCUGGCCGGGCGGGGCAAGGGCAAGUACAGCAUCGCCGACAUCAAGGCGUGGUCGUGGGUGAAGAAUUGGGAAAAGUCAGGCUUCACGCCAGACGACGUCAAGGAGUUCCCGAACCUAUUGGCGUGGAUCGAUAGAAUUUCCAAGAGAGGUGCUGUCCAGAGAGGGAUUGGACAGAAGUAUGUGCAAUGAAAUGCUGGAGCAAAGGCUGUUGAGGAAGGGUGAUGUGGUUCUUAGCUUAGGCGCGUGUGAUGGCCAUAAUGAGAAAAGUAGGAUAAUCCGACGGUGACGGUGAAUCUUAGACCGAAGUGAAGAUCCUACUCGCAGUAGCUAUUUCCGAGUUCAGAUGGGCGUUCAUGUAACCCCAACUAUCAAUAUUUUUUAGCCG